CAAAGCUUUAUACAUAAUGCCGGCUCUUUCAAGGAAAUCUUGCAAUAUGAAUCCAGCCUCGGCCGUGAUUCCACGACCGUCCGGCAUUCUUCAAGAUCUUUUGAUGACGGGCCGAGCGUCGGACGUGUCUACUUACUACCACGCACGGGACGUGCGAUGAUCCCACGUAUAUGCGUUGCAACCAUCCUAUUAAAUCUCGGAUUGCGCCCGUGGCAGUAAGCCCCGCUUCGAUUGGAAAUGAAUGCUGUGACGUACCCUCGAACUUGCUGCUGUUCAGGGACAUGCCAAAAAGAGUCGGCAACAAUUGAUCGUUAACCCUCGAUGCAUUUGCUUACACCUGCACUUCGCGCGACUCGGACAAUCUCUAUUAGACCACGUGUCACCUACCUGAAUCGCACUUCCUUCCAGCUUCAUAGCCCUCUCAGCACCACGCCUAUCAUGUCCAAACCCCACCCCGAUUUCGAGCAGCUUCAAGCUUCCCGCCCGGACUUCCGCCACGAUGCCGAGGUGAUCGUAUCCAAGUCCCCGAACCCGACCUGGAAACAAGGCGAUGGCGCCAACGAUGGUGGGGAGAGCCUCAAAAAGGACCACGUCGAGAUCGAUCCCUAUGCCGACGGCCGGCCCGUCGCAUCCAACUACAAGCUUCUGAUCUCGGGCAUGGUGCCUCGACCCAUCUCCCUGAUCAGUACGCAGUCGGCGGACGGGAAGACUACGAACCUUGCACCGUUCAGCUACUCGCAGAUCGUCAAUCAUGAUCCACCCAUGUUUGUCGUCGGCUUCGUGGGCUCAUUGGAGAAGGCCAAGGAUACAUUGAAGAAUCUGACUGAGACGAAGGAAUGCGUGAUCAAUAUCAUCUCGGAGCACUUCCUCGAAGCUGCCAAUUCGACUUCGAUCAAUGCGCCUUACGGUCACUCGGAGUGGGAGGUCUCGGGUCUUACCCAGGGUCCGACCUCUGUGGUUAAGCCUGCGCGUGUGAAGGAAUCGAUCUUCGCCGUUGAGGGGAAGCUGGUUGAGGUCAAGGAGUUUGAGAGUCGGGCUAAUCCUGGAAAGCCGAGUAGUGUGCUGGCUAUUAUUGAGGGUGUGCGAUUCUGGGUGCGCGAAGACGCGAUUGAUAAGGAGCAGAGUGUCAUCGACCUCGAGGUUCUCAAGCCGAUCAGUCGUCUGGGUGGCAUCUCGUAUGGUCGUACCACCGAUGUGAUUGAGAUCCCCCGCCCGCAAUUUUGAGACUUUGCAGACGUAUAGACAUACACCGUGUGCGCUUUGGCGAACCCAGGGAAAGAGCCUAGACUCGGAUAACAAUUUAACGACCCAUAAAUAUCACUCAAGAAUACAUUUCAAAGCAC